UAGAAAGGUAAACAGGACACUCUUAUCUAGGAUCCAGGUGCCAAGGGGAGGGCAGGGUAUAAAGAUGCAGGGAAUUGAAGGACGGCCACUAGGAAUUGGACGCCUGACGAAAUGAACCUCGCCCUUCUCCUAGUCCUCCUGGCAUCAGCGGGCACUGCCCAUGCUGCCGUCCUCCGGAACCUGUGGCAAUUCCGUAACAUGAUCAAAUGCACCAUGCCAUCCAGUGACCCCCUCAGGGAUUAUAACAACUACGGCUGCUACUGCGGCUUGGGGGGCAGCGGUACGCCAGUUGAUGACCUGGACACCUGCUGUCAAAUCCACGACAACUGCUAUGACGCAGCCAAGAAGCACCCGGCCUGCACUUUCAUCCUAGACAAUCCUUACACAAAGACCUACUCCUACACCUGCUCUGGCACCGAAAUCACCUGUACAGAAAAGAAUAAUGAGUGUGAGGCUUUCAUCUGUAAUUGUGACCGCAACGCCGCCAUCUGCUUUGCGGGGGCUCCGUAUAACAAGGAUUACAAGAACUUGAAUUCCAAACUCUGCAAGUGAUGUUUGGGGCAACCCAGUUCAAAAGGCCCUUUGCAGGCUCCUCAAGCAGGGAAGCUAUUGGAGACCCGGCUUAAAAGAAAGCUUCGUGCUGAGUUUGUUUGCUGCUGCAAAUUUAGGAGGAUUGUUUCGUGUGAUUUUUUUUAAAUGAAGGUGUGCUGGUGGGUGGGUGAUUCCCUGAAAUCUUUUAAAUGUGCAAAUAAAUAAAUAAUGAAUGAAUGAAUGUGCAAAUAAAUACCAGUAAUAAAUGAAUAAAUGAACAAACAAACAAACAAACAAACUGGGGCAGGGGCGGGGGUUGUGAAUGGAGUCUUCUACCACAAGGGGGCUCCUGCCUCCAUCCUGAGUAAUAAAAUAAUUCCAUUUUAUUUGGAAUUACAUGCACACGAAAGCUCAUACCAAAGCUCAUGCACACGAAAGCUCAUACCAAAAUAUAAACUUAGUUGGUCUUUAAGGUGCUACUGAAGGAAUUUUUUUAUUUUGCUUCGACUCAGACCAACACGGCUACCUACCUGCAAAAUAAUUCCAUGUUAGGAGUUAUCAUUAGGAAAGGAAUUGAAAAAUAAAACUGCUGUUAUGAAAGGGUUGUUGUACAAAUCUAUGUUGCAGCUGCAGUUCUGGGCGCCUCGUCUCAAAAAGGAUAUCGCAGAGUUGGAAAAGGUUCGGAAAAGGGGAAUGCAAAUGAUGAAGGGGAUCAACUCCCCUGUGAAGCAAAAUAAAAAAAAUUC